UAGGCACUGUGCCCCACCUAACGGUUAAAAGUGCGAUUCUGGAUUCAGUGCUGUGUUACAGACCAGCAAGUUAGGCUCCGAGUUUCAAAUUUUCUAAUCAUCCAGCCAACGUCACAUUCGAUCUUACUUUUAUCUUUUCGUACUCGAUCUUGCAGAGCUUACCUUCUGCUUUAUUUUUAAAGUGUGCCCUCGCAAGGAACGUAUAGCGUCCAGAAGUCUUGAAUCAAUUCGCCUCUUUUGAAUCGAACAGAAUCAUGACUUUACAGGCAAUCAGAUAUAACGAGGGCAAUCUGUCCAUCAUAGAUCAACUGCAGCUUCCAUAUGUGGAACAAUACAUAACGAUACAAUCAAGUGAGGAAGCAUGGCACGCAAUAAAAGAUAUGCGUGUAAGAGGAGCACCCGCUAUUGCCAUUGUAGCGGCCCUCGCUCUUGCAUCUGAACUUCAUGGCCUUAUUUCAUGCAAUGGCAUUCCCUCAGAAGCCCCCGAGGUUCAAGCUUUCAUUAUGGACAAGCUAGAUUAUCUUGUGAGCAGCAGACCCACGGCAGUAAAUCUGGCCGAUGCUGCUCGGAAGCUUAGGGCCGUGGCGAGUGAUCAUACACAAAGGCCUGGAUCGACUGGGCGCAGCGUCGCUACUGCUCUGAUACAAGCAGCAGAGGAAAUGCUGGUGAAGGAUAUUGAGGACAACAAAAACAUAGGAAAGCAUGGUGCCCAAUGGAUCAUGGCCAAUGCCGUGGGCAAGCCGAAGGCUACUGUUCUCACACAUUGCAAUACGGGCUCCCUUGCAACAUCAGGUUACGGCACUGCGCUCGGAGUUAUCCGCGCCCUUGCGUCUACAGACAAUCUGAACCGUGCUUACUGCACCGAGACACGACCCUACAAUCAAGGAUCUCGGUUGACUGCGUUCGAAUUGGUCCACGACCGUCUCCCCGCCACUCUCAUAACAGACUCUAUGGCCGCUGCUCUACUUGCGAAGUCUGGUACUCAGGUAGAUGCCAUCGUAGUGGGAGCGGAUAGGGUGGCUGCGAACGGAGAUACGGCGAAUAAAAUUGGUACUUAUGGCCUCGCUGUGCUUGCAAGGUAUCACGGUGUGAAGUUCCUCGUUGCUGCACCGCUUACUACAAUUGAUCUGGCCACCCCGUCCGGUCAUGAAAUCAUAAUCGAGGAACGUGCGGCCUCCGAAGUCACAACUGUCAGAGGACCGCGUGCCAACAAAUCUACCAAUGAUAUUGAAUUAGAAACUGUGCGCAUAGCCGCUGAUGGCAUCGAUGUCUGGAACCCGGCCUUUGAUGUCACACCGUCCACACUUAUUGACGGUAUCAUCACAGAGAAGGGCGUGGCAGAGAAGGACGCCGAUGGCCAGUUUCACUUGGAGGACUUGUUUCGCAACUCCUCCUCAACAUGAGCUUGUGUCGAUGUCACCUCGUCUUGAUUAUAGCAUUGCCCAUUCGUCUGCUCGGUUUCUGGGUGCUUUUCAAACGCGUUCAGUAACUCCUCUAUUUUGUUCUCCAGCUUGUCCAGAUGAUUU